UGAUUUUUAAACCUAACCAUAAUCACACUGCUAACCCUGUGCCCAAUUAUAACCAUAAAUUAAGACCAAAAAGUACAUUUUUGUUUUCAUUAAUUUUUACGAUAUACCCAUUUUGACUUUGUGCGUGUGGUAAUUAGUGACAACCACAAGUGUAUACAUCUGUACUCCACACGGCGAUGUCUCGGAAGAAAGAGAAAGAAGAUUAUUACCGUUUUUUCUCGGUGACAGAACCACGCACACACGAGAAGGGACACACGGAAUAUAAAGUCACCGGAAGGUUUGUCUCCAAGCGUCGUCCAGAGGACGUCAAAGAGGUGAUAGUAUGGAGGAGGUACAGUGAACUGAAGAAGCUAUAUGGAGAGCUGUCCUACACACACAGAAACCUGUUCAGGAGACAGGAGGAGUUCCCUUCGUUCCCUGGCGCUCAGCUCUUUGGUAGGUUUGAUGAAGGGGUGAUCGAGGAGAGGAGGAGUGCAGCUGAGGUCAUGCUACUAUUCACCACCAAUAUCCCUGCUCUCUACAACAGCCCUCAGCUUAAGGACUUCUUUAGGGGUGGUGAGGUGAUCAGGCCGUUAGACCCCUCUCCUCUCUCCUCCUCCACCCCCCUCCCUCCCCCCCUCAUCCCUCUGCCACAGCGUCGAGGCUCAGACUGUGAACCUGCGGCGGAGGAGGAGGGGACCGAGGCCCCUAUCCAACCCCAGAAGCUGGGGCUUUCACUGGGCACGGAUCUAGUCGAGCCUGAGGUUGCAGCUGAGGCCUACAGUGAGAUGGGGGGUUGUCCUACUCCAGUAACACGUACAGCUGAGGAGGAAGAGGAAGAGUUAACGGACCUUCCUGAUGUACCCGGCGAUCUGAAGCUAGACGACAGAGUUCUCACUCCGUUCCAGCCCUGCGUCCUCAGAACAGACCAAUCACAGUCUCGGGAGGAGUUUGAUUCGCUGUUCGAUUCUGUGAUGCGGGAGGAGCCUUCAGAGGAAGUACCGCCCCCUCCUCUCUCCGACAACGACCUCGCCAUCUUCGACCCUUGUGCUAAAGAAGACCAACCGAGCGCAUCACACGACCAAUCAGAACUUCUGUCGCUGCCCUUGACCAAUCCAGACGGCGGGGAGGCGGGCUAUCUGAAGCAGGCAGCCAAUGAGCUCACAGCUGCGAUGGAAAGCGAGAAGGAGGGAGAGUACAGUACAGCCAUACAAAAAUACAAGACAGCUGUGGAUUUACUCAUCACUGGAGUUAAAGGAGAUCCAGACCCACAACGUAGAGGUUCAGUAAAGAGAAGAACUGCUCAGUAUCUGGAACAUGCAGAGACACUACUCACACGACUUACCUCCACACACACCUCGCAGGACCAGGAUGCUUAAACACACUCACACACACACACACACUGCGGAGAAGUACUCAUAAACACACACCUCACAGGACCAGGAUGCUUAAACACACUCACACACACACACACACACAAACACACACACACACACACACACACACACACACACACACACACACACACACACACACACACACACCCACACACUGCGGAGAAGUACUCAUAAACACGCACAUGAACAGGACGCUGAAACACACACUCCUUAAUACAUUCAGGAUCAAUAGAACAACUGGAGUUUUGAACAACCAAUAGCACCACUUACACACACACCUCUCUCCCUCCCUACCUCUCUCUUAAAACCACAGGAGGUUGGUGGUGCCUUACUUGGGGAGGACGGGGCUCGUGGUAAUGGCUGGAGCGGAAUAAAUGGAAUGUUGUCAAAUACAUCCAACGUUCUGAUUCCAGAUGUUUCAUUCCCUCUGUUCCAGACAUUAUUAAUGCAUCGUCCUCCCCUCACCAGCCUCCUGUUGCUUAAAACACACACACACGGGCACAGGAACACACGCACGCACACACGCACACACACACACACACACACAAAGAAUCACAUCCCUGUUGCUUAAAACACACACACGUGCACAGGAACACACACACACACACACACACACACGCACACACAAAGAAUCACAUCCCUGUUGCUUCUAGAAUCUGAAAUCAACUGUCAAAUAUUUGAAUCUGAUUCCCCUUAAUGAACAAGACAAUGGCUUGCGUUCCAAAAGGCCCCCUAUUCCCUAUAUAGUGCACUGCUUUUUACCAGGGCCAAUAGGGUUCUAGGGCUCUGGUCUAAAGUAGUGCACUCUAUAGGGAAUAGGGUGCCAGCCCUGGUCUAAAGUAGUGCACUCUAUAGGGAAUAGGGUGCCAGCCCUGGUCUAAAGUAGUGCACUCUAUAGGGAAUAGGGUGCCAGCCCUGGUCUAAAGUAGUGCACUCUAUAGGGAAUAGGGUGCCAGCCCUGGUCUAAAGUAGUGCACUAAAUAGGGAAUAGGGCUCUGGUCUAUAUAAGGAAUGUGGUUCCUUUGUCCGCUUAAUUUACAAUGUUUUAAGGUGUUAAUAGUAUUGUGAGUUUUUGUACACUACACGCGCUUUACUGUUUUGUUAAAUAAAUCAAUGAAAACCGA